AAUAUAUGUACAGUGACAACAAUGUUAGUAACAUAUAUACACGCAUGCUGUAUACGCAGAGGACAUUUAAUGUACAUACAUAUUCAGUUCUAGAAAACAAAACUUUGGAGACGAGUUACUAUGGGUUGUACUACAGCUAAACAGACAGCCGACGAAAGAAAGCUUGAAACAAAAGGUCCGAGGGAAAUGGUUGGCCAGUCUGACCCACAAAGGACACUACUUUACGCACGGCGCCUUGCUGAUCCACCCGAAUUCAGGAGUGAUCAGCAACUAGAACACAAAAACAAUACUAAUGGCCUUAGUGAAGACAAGAGUAAUGAUAAAGUUGAACACACGAGUAAGGAUAUAGCUGAACAUGAAAGUAAUGGUCGAGUUGAACACAAUGGUAAUCACCAAAAUGAACACAACAGUAAUGACAAAGAUGAACACAAACGUAAAGACCUACCUGUAUCUGAACACACAAGUGAUGACAAACUUGAACACAAAAAUAAGGAAGAAGUUCUAUACAACACCGAAGACCAACUUGAGAUCAAGCACCUGGACAGGGUUCUCAGUACAAAAGUGAAAAGCGACAGAAAUCUUCCGUCCGUGCAGGACAUCGCAGUGAUGUGUGUCGACGGCGUACGGCGGAUUCUCAUGGCUGAUGACUCUAAUGACUGUCUUAAGCUCUUCGAUAACAGGAAAGGCAAGGACGAGUUUCAGAGUGUUCUAAGCCUCACCAGCUCACCGUUCCAAAUAGCCGUUCUCAAGGAGUCAUCGUCCAUUGCCCUGACAUUACCGCUGGAGAAGCGGAUACUGAUGGUUUCUCUUGACAAGACUCUGAAGCUUAAAUCUAAGUUGGAAACGGAUAAGGAAUACUUCGGGUUGACGGCUUUAGACGGAUCAAAACUAGCGUGUGGUGCCCCUCUGGAGUAUCCUCCUUGCAUUGAUAUCAUAGACUCUGACGGGACAGUGUUGUCCUCUUUCUCUACAGCGGAUAAUUAUGGAGGACUGUUCGCGGAUCUCGCCUUCAUCAGCAGAACCAGAGAGGGAGAGCUACUCAUUGUGGAUCCCAAGGAUCACGCGCUGGUUUGCACGUCUGCGUCUGGGGUAGUCGUCUGGCGCUACGAACCCAGGUGGAAGGAGAGGCUGAUAUCGCCUGCAGGUGUCGUCUGCGAUGAUGUCGGUAGAGUCUAUGUCGCUGACGCCAACAGGCGCGUCGUAGUGCAGAUAUCCCAGGACGGACACAAGAUCACAGAGUUCAGUUUUUCAAGUGUGCCCCAUGCUCUGUCUUAUUGUGAUGGAACACUGUAUGUUUCGGCAAAGUCAGGACAUUUUGGUAAAGUUUCUGGAUGAAAUAAUAAAAACAAAAUAUGGUCUUUCUACAGUUUCUGCUUGGGUUAAAUAGACUGUAAACUGGUUUCGGUAUCAUAUUGAAUUAUGUCGAAGAAGUUAGGAAAUGCAAUCCAACCUGGAAGACAAACUUA